AUGAACCAGGAUAUUGAAAACUUUAUUGGACAAUGUGCAGUGUGUAACAAGUACAGGAAUUCUAAUUGUAAGGAACCAUUGAUUCCUCAGGAGAUUCCCUCGCGUCCAUGGGCCAAAGUCGCAGCUGAUAUGUUUCAGUUCAAAGGUUCGGAAUACCUUUUGUGUGUCGAUUACUAUUCCAAAUAUCCGGAAAUAGUCCGAAUGCCUACAACAUCCAGUUCACAAACAAUCACUGCAUUUAAAUCUGUGUUUGCUCGUCAUGGCAUUCCGACGGAACUAUUCACGGACAACGGACCUCAGUUCUCGAGUUACGCAUUCAAGAAGUUCGCUACCGAUUGGGAUUUCAUUCAUAACACCUCAAGUCCCAGAUACCCACAAUCAAAUGGACAGGCGGAGAGGUGUGUUCAGACUGUAAAGAAUCUGCUCAGGAAAGCUGAUGAAUCUGGAUCUGACAUCUAUACAAGUCUUAUGAACUACCGAGCAUCACCGAUUGAUGGAGUAGGACUUUCACCAUCCCAGCUACUCAUGAAUAGACAGUUGCGUACGAAGAUACCAAUAACAUCGGACAUGUUGAAUCCUAAAGUUGUUGAAUCCUGCAAGCCGAAACUUGUCGCACGCCAAGAGAAACAAAAACACUAUUAUGAUCGCCAGUCUUCAACGUUGCCAAGCAUCAACAGAGGUGAAAUAAUACGUGUACAGAAAGAUUCAAAACACUGGGAACCUGCUGUAGUAGAUCAGGAACAUUCGGACCGAUCUUAUGUAGUGCGCACAGGUGAUAACAAGCUUUAUCGCAGAAACCGCAGACAGCUGCUCAAAACUGGUGAAACUACCUUGCCAUCGGUUGUCCCAGAUGACAAAUGCACCGAAUCGAUGUUGGAUAAGCCGCCUCAGCCGCAACCGAGCCAAUCAGAUUCGUUGACCGCUCCGCGUCAAGAACCGAGACCACAGCGUACAGUGAGACGACCUAAAUAUCUUGAGGACUUUAUUUGUUCAUAA